AAAGGUGGUUAUCAGAGUACUUUAUUUUAUUGUUUGUAAGUGUCCCCUACCAUGAGAGUCAUUGGUGCGUGUUUAGUUGUCUUCCUGGUGACUUAUAGUUACGCUGCGCCAUAUGAAACUAAGCCAUUUCCCAAGCAUGUCGAGGACUUCAUUGGUGUUAUUAUAGCGGAGUCUGGAUUGGAACUGGAACGACUGCUCAGGCACUACGGCGAAAACACGGAUUUCGGAUAUGCCGUCACAUACUUCAGAACGGAAAACUUCAAGGAAGUUUGGCAUGAAACACAAACUUUGCCUGAAUUUAAAGCCGUGAUUCGUUUUUUAGAUGAUGCGCAAAUUGACGUCGUGUACUCUCUGAGCAGAAUAAACGAAUUGUUAGAUAUGAACGAGCCGGUCAGGUUUAGGAAGAGACCACCCGGGAAUGUAAAAGAAAGUUCCGCUUUGAAUUCGUUUAUCAAUGAAUCUAUGGGAUUCUUCCCCAAAAGCAAACUGGCAGCACUAUUUGAGCAGAAGAUGAAAGAAGAUUCUAAUUUCCGGAAUACUAUUGAUAAACUCAAAACUAAAGAAUGGGAGAGGUUAUACGACGCCCUUUGGAGAAGCCCAGAGUUCAAGAGUUUGGUUUAUACGGUACAUGAAAAUGGCCUUGACGUCCGUCUCUUGAUUGAACAAGUUAUUGCUGUAUUCGGACAAAACUAGAAUAUAAAUUGUCAUAUGUAAGUGUGAACCUGGAAUAAUGCGCUUGACUGGAUAGUUACCCUACAAUUAGUUCAAUAAGCUAUUUAUUAUACUUUAUUAAAAAUUACAUUUUAGAGAGA